AUGGCGGUGAAUCAGAGCCACACAGAGAACCGCCGCGGGGUCGUCAUCCCUUACGGCGAGAGCGUCUUGAAGCACUGCGAGGACGUGGAGCUCUCCUUCCUGCAGCGGCCGGACGGAUCCCAGCUCUUUAAGGGUACAAAGAGGGGGAUGUUGUUUCUCACUUCAUACCGGGUGAUCUUCAUCAAUUCCCACGCAGCCAGCGACCCCAUGGUCUCUUUCAUGAUGCCGUUUGACCUGUUGAGUAACUGCUCCGUCGAACAGCCCGUCUUCUCCCCCAACUACAUUCAAGGAACCAUCCACGCAGCUCCGGAUGGUGGCUGGGAAGGACAGGCGACUUUCAAACUGUCCUUCAGAAAAGGAGGCGCCAUCGAGUUCAGCCAGUUGCUGAUGAAAGCUGCCUCUGCUGCUGCCCGCGGAGUCCCACUGAGAAGCCUCACGGUACUCGUUGCACCGGGGAGCAUGGUGUGCACCUCGCAGGCGCCUUGUGUAGCAUACCCAGUUUUUGUCUUCGGCGCCCCACCCGGAUAUGGACCGCCACAUCCGGGAUAUGGACCCCCACCACCAGGAUAUGGACCCCCACCACCAGAAUUUGUGCCCCCACCACCAGAUUUUGCUAUGGACCCGCCCCUGAAGGGAGUGAAGCCCCUGCGGGAUAUGAAGCCCUGCCUGCCGGAGACGAAGCCCCACCACUGGGAGAUGAGCCUGAACCUGCUGAAAGAAGAGCCAGAAAUAAAAAAUCUGUGGUCCCUGCGCGACGCCCCCAAGUGGGCGGUUCUUGCAGCACGGAAGGUGAAGCGCGUGCAGGGCAGCGCUGUGCCAGCGGCCGGCCCUGUGCUCAUCGUCCAGUACGCGCACAGCCCAGCAGGGCGGGCCCAGGGUCGGGGAGCGAGGCAGCGGGGUAGGUGCCAGGAGGCUGGAGGCGGCUUCCCUGGCGUCACGCGCUCAGUGAGCGUCUCGCCCGCCCCGUCUGUGCUCCUGGCGUAUCGGUGA